AGUCAUGAGGGAAGGAUCCCCAUUCCCACCCCCAUUCCCACUCUCUGCUGAACGGAAGCAGCUUUCAGACGGAGCAGCUGCACGAAGAGGAACGUCUUCCUGAACUUUUACAAAGGAGUUAAAGAUGGAAGCUGUGAAAACUUUGCUGUGUGUGGGAGUGUGUGUGUCGGCGUGGAGCAUCACCACCGCAGGCAACAGCAUCCCCACAGCAAAGAAUGUCCACUGGAUGUCCGUGGACUUCACCACCAUCCUCAAAUGGACUGUCCAACCAAGUGACAACCUAUACAGUGUUCUAUACUCGGAGGCUGAUGGCGACUGGACGGAAAGUCAUGAUUGCAGCGAGAUGUCUGGGACUGAAUGUGACCUGACCACCCACCUCUGGCCUCUGGACAGGAACUACCAGGCUGACAUUAAAACAGAGGAUCCAGACUAUGACUUGGAGGACGUUCCCCACACUUAUUCCCCACACUUCAACCCCUACAGAGCAAGUAAUAUCAGCGCGGUGAAAUUCACUGUGCAGGAGGUGGAUGUGGGCACAGCGACUGUCAACAUCACGGACUCCUUGACCGCCAUCCAUAAAGGUGGAAAACCGCUCAGCAUCAGAGACAUCCUCAAAAAGGAUCUCCAGUACAAGAUCAGCUAUUAUAAGUCUGACAGCACCAGAAAGAGAGACGUGGUAACUCAGACUAGUGUAACAAAUGUGACGGGGCUGGAUGCAGGACAGAGUUACUGCUUCAUGGUUGCAGCUUACAUCCCCUCCAGACCCAAAGCCACCCAGCAUGGAGCCUGGAGCACACAGCAGUGCAUAGAUGGACACAGGAAUAUUGUGCAAGAUCUGAGCCUGGAAGCCUGGGUCGGUAUAUUCUUCGUCCUACUUGUUGUCCUCGUCAUCAUCGUCGUGGUAACCCUCCUCUGCUACAGAUGCCGACAUCAAAAAAACAAACCUCAAACAAGUCAGACCUCAGCACCUGUUUAAAGUCUAUUUUCAGUGUUGAUGUGAUCGCCUUGCAGCACAGGGAGCACCUGGUUUCCCUUCAUCCAUCCAUCCAUCCAUCCAUCCAUCCAUCCAUCCAUCCAUCCAUCCAUCCAUCCAUCCAUCCAUCCAUUCAGUCAUCCAUCCAUCCAUCCAUCCAUCCAUUCAUCCAUCCAUUCAUCCAUCCA